AAAAUUGCUACAGCUGAGGAUUCCGGGUAAGAUGGUGCAAUGUAUAUGCGCUCUCCUCAUGUCUCGCUUUUUGAUGCUCAGAGUGCAGGGAGAGGUAUUUGAGGUGAGACAGACGUGGAAGGGCCUUCCUCAAGGUUCAGUUUUAAGCCCUCUACUGUACAACCUGUACACAGCAGACAUCGGCUCCUGCCUCAAUUCUGACUGUCAUCUUCUACAAUACGCCGACGAUCUGGUGUUGUAUGUAGUCAAUCCGUCAAUUGCGGACGCUGCCUCAUCUCUCUGUCUCUCCCUGGACUCUCUGCACACAUGGCUUUUGGACCAUGGCCUCCAAUUAUCUGCCCCAAAAAGCUCGGUAGUGAUUUUCUCCCGAAAACUGCUGAUCCCUCAGGUUUCCGUUAACAUCCAAGGACAAGGCAUUCCCAUAGCGAAAAAAGCAAAAUUUUUAGGCGUUUACUUAGAUUCCAAAUUAUCCGGCAUCCAUCACAUAAAUUAUUUAAUUAAGAGAUGCGAAAGAGCAAUCUCCAUUCUAAAAGCUCUCGCAGGUGUCUGGUGGGGGGCCCAUCCCUUCACCAUGAAAUUAGUCUAUAAUGCUUUAGUCCGCAGUAUCCUGGACUAUGGGUCACACCUGGUGAUUCCAGGUAACAAAGGUGCCUUGGCCGGUUUAGAUAGGAUUCAGUCUCAAUGCCUUCGUAUCAUCUCAGGUUGCAUGAAGUCGUCGCCUAUUAACGCCUUACAGGUCGAAUGCGCUGAACCCCCCCUAGCCCUAAGACGGCAGUAUCUCGCUUCCCGAUUCCUAUCCAGGGUUAUUCCCAAGUCAUCCCACCCUCUCAUCCCAAAACUCAGAGAGCUUGACACCCUAUGUCACAGUUCAAAAUAUUGGGAACAUAAAGAACUCCCCCUUUUCCUAAAAGCAUUCCGAUUUUUCCAAAAUUUAGAAUCCCCUAUUACAUCACAUCCCAGACUUCCCUUAUUUAAUUACUCCUAUGAAGUUCUUUGCUUUACUCCUAAAAUAUUUUAUAACAUUGGCAUAUCUAAAAACUCCCCAUCGGCAAAUUCGGCCUUUAAUGCGGUUUUGGGUGAACGAUGGACUGGGUUUCAAAGGUUCUUCACGGAUGCUUCCAAAUUUAAUGGUGGUUACACUGGGGCCGCGGUUUAUUAUCAGAACUCGAAAAUCAUUCUUAAAUUUAGAUGUCCAAAGGAGUCUUCUAUAUUUACAGGCGAGUGCGUGGCAUUAUUGGAAGCUUGUCGCUUUAUAGAGUCCCAUGAGAUCAACUUCGGAGUUAUCUUUACUGACUCCCUUAGUUGUCUCCAAGCCCUAUCCCAGAAUUCCUUUCGAACUAAACUCCAUUGUCCUAUUGUCCUGGAAAUUAAAAAGUCCCUUUACUCCUGCGCUAGGCAAGAAAAAGAAGUCCACCUAGUUUGGAUUCCCAGUCACUGCGGUAUAAAGGGAAAUGAAUGUGCCGACGCCUUGGCCAAAGACGCAUGCACAUCUGAGUCAGCUGACCUUGCACACUUCUCCCUUCAAGGGCAUGACCUACUAAACCUUCCUAAAUUGAGUCUUGACACCUCGUGGCAGGAAUGGUGGAAUAUCUCCAGCAAAAAGAAAGGCAGCUCCUAUUACGCUAUCCAACCGGUUGUAAAACCAAAACCGUGGUUCUCCCAUUUUAAAAAAUACCCCAAACAGGUUAUUUCAGUCCUGUGCAGAAUACGGAUAGGUCAUUGUUGCACUCCGGUCUUUUUGCGCAAAAUUCGGGUGCAGGAUUCGUCCCUCUGCGAGUGCGGAUUGGAUGAGGGUACCCUGGACCAUAUAUUUUUUAACUGCCCUAAUAACUCCUCUUUCGAUUUAUAUGGUCGUCUCCAAAAAAUCAAAAUUCCUCUCCCUAUUAAUUUCCGUUCCCUCUUAUCACACUCCUGUCCAGAACUGCUCCAGUUGCUGUUAAUGUCUAUUCAUCGAAACAACAUUAAACUAUAAACUGUGGCCUAUUUUAGGCUACAGUUAGGUUGUGUGUCGUCCUACUAACAAGUUAAAGUUACACAAGAUCGGCUACAACAGCAUCUUAAAUUUCUUUUGUUUUUUGUUUUUUUAAUCACAAGCACGACUUGCUUCUCAUUUCACUUGUCAUUGGCAGAAUCGUCGACAUUGACAUCGACACGGAUUGCCAUAAAUAAAAAUAGAAUAGAAUAGAAC